AUGUUUUCGCAGUGGCGCGGCAAGCGUCACUACCCGUUCAACGAUGCAGACACGGCCGCAUCAGCCAUCGGCGACGCCAACGCCGUUGGAAGGAGCUCUUCCCGGCUCGCCAACCCCAAGCAUGCCCUGCGGAUCAACGCGGCCAUGAGCGGUCUCCGUACAAAGGCAAUCGUCAGGCCCGCCAGCCGCGGCCGCGGGCCUCGCGACGGCAGCACCUCCAGCCAAUCCGACUACGACUUUGCAGCAGGCCCACGAUCCGGCAGCCGCGGUGCAAAGAGCCUCGAGUUCGGCAGCGGCGUCGUUCCAGAGCCCCGCAGCGGGGACGAUGACACAUAUGCCGACUUCCGUUCCGCGCCAGUCUCGCUAGACGCGGGCCCCUCUGCACCACCACUACUGGAGCCGCCAUCUCCUAGGACGGUCAUUGCCUCCGGACCCUCGUCUCCCCGACGCCCACCUCUGCAGACGUCCAAGUCGUACAGCGGGCCUCUCACGUCGAGCUCUUCUCCGCAGCUUUCGCUGGCCGAAGACGAUACCUUCAGCUUGGGCGACUUCGACGACUUCCGCGCCAUCCUCGCCCUCGCGACGUCACCGUUGAGCGAUGAUAUCUCCAGCAGCCCCAGCGGCUGGACCGAAGCCUCGAACCUCACCACCCCCGAGACCGGCUCAUCUUGGUCACCCCGAGGCAAGCUCACAGGCAACCCUGCCGCGCAGCCUCAUCGCGCAGUAGCGCAUGCCCAGAGCAACCUCGUGUCGAGCCUCGCCAACAGCGCCGGAUCCGGGGUGGGAGGACACCGCAAGAAGCUCUCGCUUGCCGACGCCAUGGCUAUAUUCGGCCAGAUGUCUCCGGCCACUUCCUCGGACGGAGAUGCCGGCGCCGCCUCGGGGCCCUUGCCGAGCCGGGUCAGGGAGCUCUCUCACGGCCGCGCAGAUAGCGUAUUGAGCUUCCCGGAGACGGUCUCUGGGCCAUCUUCGACCGACACCGAAUGGAGGGAGUUCAAUAGGCGCCCGACGAACUCGGAAACUUCUCUGCACGGCGCAGGCUCGGCGGGCCCCUCGAACGGCGCGCCGCUACACGGUGCGAGGCUCAUCGAUCCGCAGGAGAGGCACGGCCUCGGCAUCUUUGGAUCGGGUGAAGAGUCCCACUUUGAGGGGUCAGAGGCGUCUAGCCGCUCGUCGCGGAUCAAGACGUCUUCGAUGAGCGGCAGCAGCUUCACCGCGAGCUCGCACAGAAAGUCGGAGAGCUACCACUCUACGCAGAGCUCGACGGACAGCUGGGCACGGUCGUCCCGCCCCGUCGAGAUCGACCGACAGUCGAUCGACAGUGCCGACGAUCGCGACAGCGCACCGAACCGCCGCACAGCUGGCCGCAUGGUCUUCAGCGACAGCGAUCACAGCGUCAGCACAGCCGAGACCAGCACCGAUCCGCACGACCUUGGACCUCUGAGCACCAUAGCCGAGAAGGUCGAGGAGCAUCAACCCGAGCCUCGCCAGUCUGCCUCGGGCGUCUGCGGUCGGGCAGGCGUUGAGGUCCCAUCGACCCUCAUCGAGGCGCAUGCAAUGCCUGAUGGACAAAGUGCACGGCCGAUGGACGCUGCGUCUUCGUCGAUGCCGCCCCAGAGUCCCUCGAGCGCUUCGGGAACCCGCGCAUCUCCCGCAGUCAGCAGAAAGACCUCGUUCGGCGUCCUCGCUCUUGCCACGCCAACCUUUGGCAGUGCGCCGGAGCAGCGCGGGCGAAGCAAGGGCCACCAGGCUUCCGCAAGCGCCAGCGGAGCAUCGGUUUCAAACGGCACCGAGUCAUCAUCGACGCCGACGGCAUCUGCCUUUGGGCCAGGUACUCCCACAAAGCAUGCUCGGAACACGAGCGGUCCCGAUAGCCGUCGGCGGCCGUCUGCACCUUCGCUGCUUGAGACUGCUCCCAUCAGCGCGAAGUCAUAUCCAGGGCCAGAAUCGAGCAGCUUGACUGCACCGAUGCCUUCGGCGCCCUUCCCAGGCUCCUUCCUCUCGACCCCGGAUGCGAUCGGCGGAUCAGGCUUCGCAUCCCUGCCUGCUUCGCCGCUGACUGAUGGCGGCCCGGGCCAGACAAAACAGGGGAUACGCCGAAAGGCACGACCAGCGGCGCUGACCCUCAGCAAGUCGGCCACCAACCUGAGCGCUCCCUUUUCUGCGUCGGCCCUGUCGCCCGGCGGCGCUCUGCGCGGCGCACCGAGCCCGACUCGGAGCAGGGCACCGCCGCCUUCCGCUCCGCCUCCCGACGAACCGUUACCGCCUCUGCCGCCGACGCCCUCGUUGAUCUGUCCGAAAAGCCCGCUCAUCCUCAGUCGCAAGUCGAGCGCAGCCAACCUUGCCCGCGCGGCAUCCGAGGCGCCUCCGACACCGACCCUACCUCGGAGCACCCCAAGGACGCCCGCUCUCUCGUCCUUUUCAUCCCAAGCGCCGAGCGCUGCGAGUCCGCUGCCUAAGGACAAGCCCUUCUCCUUUCCUACGGUCGCGCCCGACCAUGUCUCGAGCAAGCGUGGCGACGACACCUUGCCAUCGCACUCGCUCGUGCGAAAAGCGGAGGCGCCGAAGCAGGGCGCGUACGGCGACGUCGGCCUCGAUUCGCGGCGCCCAAGCCUCUUGGACGCCCAGGUUUGCGGCGUCGGCUACUCAUCUUCGACGGAAGAGCUGGACGACAGCAGCGCUUUCCCAGGCCCCCGACGCCUUGACGGCGCGGGUGUCGCUCGAGGUGUGCCUGAUGCAGCGCCCUCCCCGACAGCCUCGACUGUCGAUCGGGGCAGCAUGAUCUCUGUCGAUUCGGGCGAGGGCACGUGCGAUGACGAUGCACAGCUCGCCGUCGCCACGACUCUGACUCGCGUCCCUUCGACGGCCGUGCGCAUGACUGUCUAUCGUGGCAAUGCAAGGGUCAGGACCCCGAGCGCCGCCGCUGCCGCCGCCCCGGAAAUGGUCACCUCUGCGCUCCCCGUCGAGCGUGCUCAAAGCGUAGGCGGACCAGCCUCACCUCUCCGUCCCGCAACGGCACCAGCACAAGCGCCAGCACCAGCUGAGACAUCGAAACCCGCAUCGGCAACUGCUUCGGCAGUCUCGGCCGUGCCCAUAAGCACUGUCCAGCGCAUGGCGGCCCAAUUCGAGGGGAAAGCGGUCAAGCAGGGACCGGGCGAGCCCAUGCGGGUCGUUGCGCCUGCCCCUGCGCCGUUCAAUGGCCGUCAGCAGACGGCACCGCCCUCGGCCUGGACCAGGCGCUUCGCCGAGCCUUCCUCGCACGCUGCCACCGCGAGCAUUGACAGUUCGGUGGCGGGCGAGCACGGUGGGGGCAUGAGAGCUGCCACCGAAGGCGGGCACGAGCGGCUGACUGAGAGCGCUCUCGAGAUGCGCAGCGGUCUGCCGCGUCGAGCGAGCUUCAGCAGCAUGCGCGCUCGACGCCUCGAGAUGCUCAAGGACAAGGCCGACUUUGCCGCAGCGGUCAACGACGAAGCCAAAGCUCGCAUCCUCAAACGGACCGAGGGGAGGUUUACCGAUGCGUUUGGAGAGGUCGCCUUUGCCUUCAAGCAACUGCUGGCCGAGAAACGCAUGCUCGAGCAGCUCGUCCGGGACAUCACGCCCCUCGAUGGACUAGGCGAGAACGGCCAAGGGCUGGCGGACUACAUCGUCGGACUGAACGAGCGUCUCGACAACAACACCGCCGAGAUUCGCAAGCUACUCGACCUCCUCGACCAGCAACGCAUCAUCAUUGACAAGAUGCUCGACACGCACCGCGCCGAGGUCGGAUCCUACCUCGAUGAGAUCGACAGUCUCCAGCACCACCUCGAGACGGCAAUCCACGAUGGCGAGGUUCACAGAUCGAACGCGAUCCGGCUGCACGAGGAGCUCGACCGAGCUCACCAGGAGCUCGUCUCGGCCAAGGCCGAAGCGCUCAAAGCGCGCAACGGCCUCCACGACGAGGGUACGAAGCGCGAAAAGGCCAGCGCACAGCUGAGAAGCGUGCGCGAGAAGCUCCAUACGACCGAGGCCGAGCUGGCUUCUCGGACCCAUGCGCUCAACGCGCUCCGGUCGGAGCGCGCCAAGGACAACGAGGCGCUCGAGGCCGAGGUCGGGCUGCUGCGCGAGACGCUGGCCAAGGCGGGCAUCCGGCCACCCCAGAUGCGUAAUGCGUCGCCGGGGCCUCACACGCGACGAAACACCUCGCCAGACCCGGGCAAGCAUGGCGAGAUCAGCGUCGAAGGCCUCGCACAGCGCGAACAAGCUGCACGUGCCCGUGGCAGCCCUGGGCACGUCAGCUGCGACGACGAUGCCGACAUCGAGGCCAGAGGACCGUCCGGCUCGGGGCGAGGCUCGCUCGAUAAGGUGACCGACGAUGCCGAGGGCCAUGCGGUCGGGACUUUGCGCGCCGCUGAGGAGACGGAACUGCUCGCGCAGCUGCGACGGGAGAAUGCCGAGCUCAAGAAGUCGCUGGUGGGCAAGGAGGCCGAGCUGGUCCAGGCGCGGCUGGGCAGCGCCGAUGGGGCCGUGGGCGAGUGGUCGGACGAUGCGUCGAGCAGCAAGCCGGCCUCGGAGACGGCAUCGGACGCCUCGUCGCUGACGGAGCUCAAGCGGCUGCGCGCCCAGCUGGCCGAGCAGCGCAACCGAGAGUCGCAGAUCCGCACCGCCUACAAGAUCCUGCGCGAGGAGCUGCGCAAGACCCAGACGGGCUUCCAGAGCGAGCGCCGCCGCAACUCGGGCUUCAGCCUGACGGGCCACGGCGGCCUGCCCCCCUCGGCCUCGUCGGGCAUCACCACGUUCGGAUCGCUGCACACCGACGACGACCCUUCCGUUGCCGUGGCCGGCAGUGGCGAGCCGAGCAGUCCGGCCGAGAAGCGGCGCAGCCUCUCGUCGGUCCAGCUCAAGCGGCUCAGCCUGCCGCUCAACGUCGAUCCGUUCGGCCCGCGUUCGGCCAUGGCGUCGGCGGAACCCUCGCCGUCGACCGCCGCAUCAUCCUAUUCGGGCCUCAACACGCCCCAGUCGGCCGGAUACCGGCCCAGCAGCGUCUACGGAGUCUCUGGGCUGGCGGGCAAGCGAGCCGGAGGCACGUUCCGCGUCGGGCUGCCCGUCUUCCCCUCUUCGCCGCACGACCCGCUCUCGCAGUCCAAGAGCCUCGACUUUUGA